AUGACUCUAACUAAUCCAUGUGGGUGUUUGUCUGCUAUUGGUGUUUGCCCAAAAUCAGCGAUUGCCCCUUAUGUUUAUUUGCCCCUGCACGUGUGUGCUCCCUGUCAGUGUUUACCCCUUGUGGAUUCUUGCCCCUAUUGUACUUGCUGUCUGUACCCUAUUAUCUCCUGGCCUUGUUUUCUUUCACAGGCGAGAGACUGUAAUGUGACUGGGUUUUGGCAGAACGAGCUGGGCUCCGUUUUAAACCUGAAUGAAAUUGGCAAUUAUAAGUUAAAAGGCCAAUUCUUGACCGCAGUCGAGGCGGCAAAGGGUGAAGCUGGAUCCGAGGGACGAGCCCGAGUGAUUGGCAUCAAGAACAAUGGGAAAGAGCCAACGUUCAGCAUAUCUACAGCGUGGGCUGGAGGUUCCGUUACAUCCUGGGUAGGUCAGUGCCUGAUGCUGGAUGAUGGGCAGCAGAUUCUGAAGACCACAUGGCUGCUGAGAUCUCCAGCUUCCAGCCAACUGGAGGAUUGGAAAUCAACACGAAUUGGACAAGACACAUUCCGCCAAGUCCGUGGAUAUAUUCUGCAAGGGACCCGUCGUAAAUCUGUCAAUCUUUAGUGCAACACAUUGCACCAAGAGUGGACAUUUAGGAUCAUUACCACUUCUGCAUAGUAUUCUCAAUAAAAUAAUGUAAGAACGCCU